AUGAAUAUCUCAAAGGAAUUCUCCAAGAAUAUGAGUCAAGAUGGAAGUGUAGUCCCAGUGAUAAAAGCGGAAGAAAAUUCAAGCUUUAUUGAAGCUUAUCAAGAAAAAAUUCCAAAUGCAGCUAAUGGGCAUGAUGAGAGAACUAAAAUCCAACUUUGCUGGGACAAUGUUAGUUACGUCAUCGAAAGUAGAGGUGAACAAACCCAGAUCCUAAAAUCAAUUUCAGGUAAAGCCAACCCUGGGGAGCUUUUAGUUUUGAUGGGGUCAUCAGGGACUGGAAAAAACACUUCUUAA